GUUUCGGAGCUACAAAGAAUGGACCGAUAGUGAACCGUUCGGUGGUUGAUAGGAUUUAUGUAUUUCUAUGUAGUACUUGUUGGUAUAGUCCUUUGCUCCACUUUACUGUGUAGACCUUCCUUUAUUUCAAAAAAAAGUAUUCAUGACUUUGGUCUUAGGGGUUUGUUUUUUUCAUAAACUUUGAAUAAUAGAGAGCAGAAAUUGUGCAAUAUAUAGGUGAGUUUGCCGAUUAGCGAAGUCACGUAUUUACAAAAAGACUCUGAAAAUGGGUUUUGACAUGGAGAGCGUUGGAGUUGAUGGAAUAGUAGUUCCCUUAGCUGAAGGGGAUGCUUGUGGUGAAGAACUUUUGACAUGGUAUCUUGAACAUUCUUUAGUAAGAACAGAUGGUAAGAAAGUAAGGCUUCCGAGACAGAAGUUGCUUAGCAACAGGACAGUGAAGUGCUUAACAAAUGUGGAGGUAUUUUCACUCCAAGCGGCUGAUCUCAAAGAAGUCACAACCUAUUUCACAAGAUUCUUGAGGAGUCCACAUGUUCAAGGAGUUCUAAGGCACAUUCUUAACAAAUUUCUGAUUAAUUAUUCUUAA